AUGGCCUCAAUGUUGAGACUCAUCCUCAUCACUCUCUUCACUACUUUUCUCAUCUCUAACAUUUCUGUACGGAAGGUAUCAGCAGCAACAGUAAUAUUUUCCAACAAAUGUCCCCAUCCAGUAUGGCCAGCCAUCCAGCCUGGAGCAGGAAAGCCCAUACUAGCCCGCGGCGGUUUCAACCUCCAACCUAACAAAGCCUAUUCUCUCCAAGUCCCACCUCUCUGGUCAGGCCGUUUCUGGGGCCGUCACGGCUGCACCUUCGACGCGUCCGGACGCGGCCAUUGCGCCACCGGAGACUGCGGCGGAUCUCUCUUCUGCAACGGCAUCGGCGGAACACCACCAGCCACACUCGCUGAGUUCACACUCGGAAAAGAUCUUGAUUUCUACGACGUGAGUCUCGUCGACGGUUACAACUUACCGAUCUCCAUUACUCCUAUAAAGGGAUCUGGGAAGUGUAGCAACGCCGGUUGUGUGAGUGAUCUGAACUUGAUGUGUCCGGUGGGCUUGCAAGUGAGGUCACGUGAUAAGCGCGUGGUGGCUUGUAAGAGUGCUUGUUCUGCCUUUAACUCGCCUAGGUAUUGCUGUACUGGUAGCUUUGGAAGCCCACAGGCCUGUAAGCCCACUGCUUAUUCUAGAAUCUUCAAAACUGCUUGCCCAAAAGCCUACUCUUAUGCCUAUGAUGACCCUACCAGUAUUGCUACUUGUACCAAUGCUAACUAUUUGAUCACUUUCUGCCCUCAUCAUCACCGUUGA